CCCUGUGUCCGGCGGUGGUGGCGGGGAAGCGGCUGCCUCCGAAGGGAGUGAGCGCCGGAGGGCAGCCAAAGCGGGUCGCGGCGCUGGAUAACCCCGUGAGGACGAGGCGGAAGAGGCGGCGGCGGGGCUGAGCAGGGAGCCCUCCCCGUCGCCCCUCUCCUUCCCUCCCUCCCUCCGCCGUCCUGGGCCGCGGGAGCAGCAUGGCCGCCAGCCUGUGGAUGGGCGACCUGGAGCCAUAUAUGGAUGAGAACUUCAUUUCAAGAGCCUUUGCCACUAUGGGGGAGCUGGUUCUGAGCGUCAAAAUAAUUCGAAAUAGAUUGACGGGGAUUCCGGCAGGCUAUUGCUUUGUGGAAUUUGCUGAUCUAGCCACUGCUGAAAAGUGUUUACAUAAAAUCAACGGCAAACCUCUUCCUGGUGCCACACCUACAAAGCGAUUUAAAUUAAACUACGCAACAUAUGGGAAGCAGCCAGAUAACAGCCCAGAAUAUUCACUAUUUGUGGGAGAUCUUUCCCCGGAUGUGGAUGACGGGAUGAUAUACGAGUUCUUUGUAAAAGUGUACCCCUCGUGCAGGGGCGGCAAAGUUGUUGUAGACCAGACGGGCGUUUCCAAGGGCUAUGGUUUUGUGAAAUUCUCAGAUGAAUUGGAACAGAAAAGAGCACUGGUAGAGUGCCAGGGUGCCGUGGGUCUUGGUUCCAAACCAAUACGCUUGAGCGUUGCCAUACCAAAAGCUAACCGGCUGAAGACAGUUGAAUAUAAUCAGAUGUACAACUAUAACUACAACCAGUACUACCAGCAAUAUCAGAACUAUUAUGCCCAGUGGGGGUAUGACCAGAACACAGGCAGUUACAGCUACAGCUAUCCACAGUACGGCUACACACAAAACACCAUGCAGACCUACGAAGAGGUUGGCGAAGAUGCGUUAGAAGGCUUCCUUCCACUUCCAGAUCCAAUGCCCCAGAUGGACGUGAGCGAAGCCAACAAACAGUUCAUGGACCAGAGCGAGGAGCUCUACGACGCCUUGAUAGAAUGCCACUGGCAGCCUUUGGACAGUGUCUCUUCGGAGAUCCAAGCCGUGUAAGGGCCUGCAUUGCAGAUGCGCCGUCUCCAAGCAAAAAGCCAGCGUGCCCAGAGCCUCUGCCAAACAUGCAGAGGCAGCCGCUGCAAAAGGGUUGGCCUCCCUUUCCUCUGCACCCGCAACCCCCGGCUCCAGAGUCGUACGGAGGAAGUCCUGUGGCACUUCCUGGACAUGACGAGUGGCAGAGGAGCGUUGUGGUCACGCUUUUAUUCAUGAUGAAAAUUUAGAACUAAAGACACUUAGUUUUGGGGGGGGUUGGAGGGGGGUGUUCAGGGUUUUUUGUUUAUGGUCUCAGAGCAGACUGUUAACACUUGUCAGAGUUGUAAUUUAUGAACUUUAAGAGAGGGGAGGGGGGAAAGGAUGAC